AUGUCCGAGCAAUCUUUUGCACAAGACUACGAUCUCCGGCUAGAAGUCAACACAGCCGACGAUGUCCUUAUUAUGCGAUUGAUGCAUCGGACACAAACCGCAUGGGUGAGAAGCAAUGUAUGGAUCAGCCCAGAGAGUGCUGAUACGGAGGGGCCCAACUGGCCCAGCCCAUACACAUUCGUAGCGCGGAUCGGCCCAAUGCAGAAGUAUCUGGCACAACUGGUUGUUCUGAACCUAAUCGGCCCAGUGCACAAGUACCUGGAGGAGCCCAACUGGUCAUUCUGGUACCAAUUCAGCGUGCGGAUCAGGCCCAGUGGGCUCAAGCGACACGAUGUGCCACCCAUUGAUAUUGCAUUGCGGCAGGGAAAACAGAAGGCCCAGCUAGUCGUUUUGAGCACAAUCACCAAGCAAAUUGGUUGUCGCUAUUCAGAACUGCACCGUGAUGACUGGUUCCGGAAGCUAGUACAAUCAGACAACCACAUAUCAGGUCAUCACCACUUGAUAUGGCGCAGUCUGGCCAGUAUCACGGUGAUUUGCGGGACCAAGAGGGUACUCCUAUUGCCCGGCUCACGCUUUCAUCCACCGGACUACUGGAUGCACUUGCUGGUACAAUAA